UGGCCUUUUCCUUCUUUACGCACAGAUCCUGCAGAUUAAAUUGCGCACCCAGCCUUUUUUGGCAAGACUCUCGCUAAUCCGUUUAUAUCGGUACAAAUUGGGAUAAAUCUGUGUUUUACUCGGGGUCAAAAUGUUCUCCACACUCAGCAAACAGAUGAGGAAUCACCCAGCUCUGAUUCCUCUUGCCAUCUUCAUUGGUGGAGGCGCAGCCAUGUCCAUGAUGUACCUCGCUCGUCUGGCUUUGAGGAACCCUGACGUGAGCUGGGAUCGUAAGAACAACCCAGAGCCCUGGAACAAGAUGGCCCCAACUGAUCAGUACAAGUUUUACGCAGUUAACAUCGACUACAGCAAGCUGAAGAAGCAAGGCCCUGACUUCUAAACAUCAUAUUUGCUGGACCAAAAAAACAACAACAAUACAAAUAUCAGCUGAUCCGCACAUCCCCAACUUUAUAACUUUUGUUUUUUUGGAGAGAGUUUGAUUUAAUGAUGCAGAGGCUAAAUCCGCACAAUGGUUCAUAUUUAAGUUUGGUCAUUGCAUCCAUUACAUUGGCGCUUUUUUCCUGACAAUUUGUCUCUUGUUUCUCAUUGGUGAGUGGUUGUCAUUAAAUAAAGAUGAGGAGUCUUUUCUCCUUCAUACAGAGAAAAGAACUUGUUUUCAUUUA